ACGAAGAUCUACUGGAAUGUUCAUAAGAUCUACUAAGAUCUACUGUUUGUUUACAAAGUUUCGAAGUAACAUUUGCAAAAAUUAAAAACAUUUAUUGAGGAUUUAAAACCGAAAGAAACAAUUUAAUCAGUUUAUAUUUUAAAAUAUUGAUCUCUUCUGAAAAGCUGAUAUGGGAGGAGAUUCCAAGAAAAGACGUUCCAGAUCACGAGAACGUAAUGAUGGAAAGAACCGAGACAGAAGUGAAAGAGAAAAACGACGUGAUAAGAGAAGAUCAAGAUCGAGAGACCGGCGUUCAAGAUCAACUGAAAGAAAUGAACGAGAUAGACGAGAUAAUGAUGACAAAAAACAACACUUAAAUGAUGAAAAAUUGAAAGCAGAACUUAAGGAAGAAGAGGAGAUUGUUGACGUUAAGAAAAAAGUUGAACCAUUGUCUCUAGAAGAAUUGUUAGCUAAGAAAAAGGCUGAAGAAAUGGCUCGAAGCAAACCUGUGUUCAUAACAAAAGAACAACGAGCUCAAGAAGCUUUGAAACGUCGACAAGAGCAAGUAGCAGCUAUGCGUGCAAACAUUCCAGCAGUUCCCAAGUUUGGAGAUGUUCCAGUAACCGAAAUACUCCGCAAGGAGAAGGAUAAAGAGCAGUCAAUGAGAUCUUAUGACAGAAGGGAUCGUUUUGAUGAUCGAAGAGAAAGAGGCAGCGACAGAUCAGCUCCAAAUAGAGAUCGAGAACGUGAAACUGAAAAGUAUGUUGACGAAACCAACGUAAAGGAUAAAGAAAAAGAAGUUGAAGCAAUUCGUGAAAGAUAUUUAGGAAUAAUCAAGAAGAAGCGUCGUGUUCGUCGUUUAAAUGACAGGAAAUUCGUGUUCGAUUGGGACACUAAUGAAGACACUUCAAAUGAUUACAAUUUACUUUACAAAGAUCGUCAUUAUGUUCAGUUUUACGGUCGUGGUAACAUCGCUGGCAUCGACAUUAAGGAACAGAAACGUAAACAAAGUAAAUUUUACGGUGACCUUCUUGAAAAGCGUCGAACUGAAGCUGAGAAAGAACAGGAGAAAGUCCGCUUGAAGAAAGUUAAGAAAAAAGAAGACAAACAAAAAUGGGAUGAUCGUCAUUGGACUGAAAAAGACAUCGACGAGAUGACUGAACGAGAUUGGCGAAUCUUUCGUGAAGAUUACAACAUCACAAUCAAAGGUGGAAAGAUUCCAAAUCCAUUUAGAAAUUGGGUGGAAUCAGGUUUCCCGAAAGAGAUUCUCGACAUCAUUGAUAAAGUCGGCUACAAAGAUCCGACACCAAUUCAGCGUCAAGCAAUUCCUAUUGGAUUGCAGAAUCGCGACAUUAUUGGUGUUGCUGAAACGGGAUCUGGAAAGACGCUUGCUUUCCUUAUUCCUCUAUUACCCUGGAUUCAAACCCUGCCGAAACAAGAACGACAGGAGAACAUUGAUCAAGGACCGUAUGCCAUCAUUCUUGCACCCACUCGUGAGUUAGCACAACAAAUUGAAGAAGAAACGAAGAAGUUUGGAACUCCGCUUGGAAUAAGAACUGUCGUAGUUGUUGGUGGUUUAUCUCGUGAAGAACAAGGUUUCCAACUUCGUCUUGGUUGUGAAAUUGUUAUAGCAACUCCAGGUCGUUUAAUUGAUGUACUUGAGAAUCGUUACUUAGUGUUGAAUCAGUGCACCUACAUUGUGAUGGAUGAAGCUGACAGGAUGAUUGACAUGGGCUUCGAACCUGAUGUUCAGAAGAUUCUCGAAUUUAUGCCGGUGACAAAUCUCAAACCAGACACUGAUGAAGCUGAAGACGCAACAAAGUUGAUGGAAAAUUUCAACACUCGAAAGAAGUAUCGACAAACUGUCAUGUUCACAGCUACAAUGCCGCCAGCUGUUGAAAGAUUGGCUCGAACUUAUCUUCGACGACCAGCAACUGUUUACAUUGGUUCCAUUGGUAAGCCAACAGAGAGAACAGAACAAAUUGUUAUGAUGAUGACAGAGAAUGACAAACGAAAGAAAUUGAUGGAAUUAUUGCAACGUGGCUUGGAACCGCCAGUUAUCAUCUUCGUCAAUCAAAAGAAGGGCGCGGAUGUGUUGGCAAAAGGCUUGGAGAAAUUCGGCUUCAAUGCUUGUACAUUGCAUGGUGGUAAAGGACAAGAACAGAGAGAAUAUGCUUUGGCUUCACUUAAAAAUGGAUCGAAAGAUAUUUUGGUCGCUACUGAUGUUGCCGGUCGGGGUAUUGACAUUAAAGAUGUGUCAAUGGUCAUCAAUUAUGAUAUGGCGAAAACAAUUGAAGAUUACACACAUAGAAUUGGUCGAACUGGUCGUGCUGGAAAGAAUGGAGUUGCAAUUUCAUUCUGUACAAAAGACGACAGCGGUUUGUUCUACGAUCUUAAGCAAUUAAUUCUUUCGAGUCCAAUUUCUAAUUGUCCACCGGAAUUGAUGAAUCAUCCCGAUGCACAACAUAAACCAGGAACUGUUGUCACUAAGAAACGUCGUGAAGAGAAAAUUUUUGCGUGAGGACUAAAAAAGUGAUUGGAAAUUUACUCAACAACAAUUUACUUCGCUGACCAUUAUCUGGGAGUCGGAAGUCAACAAAGUGUUAAAAUAUUUAAGCUGUCUCUUUGAAGAAAAUUUAUAUAAAAAUAAAUAAAUCUAAAAG